AUGGUACCAUCCAUACUAAGCCGAUUGGAUAAUGGAGUGUUGCAGUGGCAGUUAUUGAAGGCAGUUUAUUAUCAUCUCCAGUAUUUUCGAAAAAUUGAAACAGAACGUUUUGUGAACUCAUCUCGACUAUCCGUAAGCGCAAUAACGACCGAAAUCCAGCAGAUAUAUGAACUGUACUUUUGUAUGGUGAUGUCAUUGACUUAUUGUUGUACAAAUUGA